AUGCUUUUGUUAGAAUGCUUCACCCGAAUGUACUUUACCAAACCUAGAAUCACUUCAAACAGUUUUCGCAAAAUGGAGUACGGUUAUGUCGUGUAUCCAGAUGAAUACUAUGCUAAUGCUGAGGAAGAAGAAGAGGAAUGGGAUCGACAAGCAUAUCUUGACCCUAUGUGGGAAAUACAGCAGAAAAAAACUUUUACAGCCUGGUGCAAUUCGUAUUUAAGGAAAGUUCACACUUCGAUUGAAAACAUUGAAGAAGACUUCACUGAUGGGCUUAAGCUGAUUCAGCUACUGGAAACACUAUCUGAAGAGCCUUUGCCAAGACCCGACCGAGGACGAAUGCGCUUUCACAAAUUAGCGAAUGUUAAUAAGGCAUUGGAAUAUAUAGAAAGUAAAGGUGUUCAGCUAGUUUCAAUAGGUGCUGAAGAAAUCGUGGAUGGUAAUAUCAAAAUGACACUUGGGAUGAUCUGGACAAUUAUUUUGCGGUUCUGCAUUCAGGAUAUUACUGUUGAAGAAAUGUCUGCCAAGGAAGGUCUCUUACUUUGGUGUCAGCGUAAAACUGCUCCGUACAAAAAUGUGAACGUACAAAACUUUCAUAAUAGUUGGAAAGAUGGUUUGGCAUUUUGUGCACUGAUACACCGUCAUCGGCCAGAUCUUAUCGACUAUUCGAAACUUUCUAAAGAUAAUCCAAUACACAAUCUAAAUUAUGCUUUCGAUGUGGCCGAAAAACACUUGGAUAUUCCACGGAUGUUGGAUGCUGAAGACAUGGUCAAUACAAUAAGACCAGAUGAACGAUCUGUCAUGACCUAUAUUUCAGCCUAUUAUCAUGCGUUUGCUGGUGCACAAAAAGCGGAGUCUGCGGCGAAUCGAAUUUCAAAAGUCUUAAAAACCAAUCAAGACAAUGAAAAACUUAUGAAGGAAUAUGAACAAAUGGCAUCGGAUUUAUUAGCUUGGAUACAGCAACAAAUACCGUUUUUAAGAGAUCGAACAACUGAUGGGACAAUAUCGGGUGCUCGUUCAAAACUAGAUCGUUACGGAGGUUAUCGAGCAUUUGAUAAGCCUCCUAGGUUAGAUGAGAAAACGUUACUAGAAAAUACGUACAAUACACUGCAAACACGUUUGCGAUUAGCAAAUCGUCCUUCUUUCCUACCAACUGAAGGACGUAUGAUAGAAGAUAUUGAUUCAGCAUGGCGACAGUUAGAAAACUAUGAAAAAGGUUUCGAAGAUUGGCUAGUUACUGAAAUUAAACGACUUGAGCAAAUUGAAUAUUUAGCUAAGAAAUUCCGACUAAAGUGUUUAACUCAUGAAGCGUGGACAGAUGGAAAAGCUAAUGCACUUUCAUUAGAAGACUAUGAAGGCGCCAGUUUAUCAACAUUACGUGCAUUGGCUCAAAAGCAUGCUGCAUUUGUAAGUGAUUUAGGUGCUCAUCAAAACCGAGUAGAACGUAUUGUCGCUAUUGCUGAAGAAUUGAAUCAGUUAAAUUAUGAUAAGGUUCAAUCUAUUAAUGAACGUACACAGAAUAUCGUGGAACAAUGGGACAAUUUGGGACGGUUAUCAGAAAUUCGUAAACAUAAAAUUCAUGGUAUUUUAGAUUUACUCAAUCAGAUUGAUCAUCUUCACUUGUCCAUUGCUAAACGCAUAGCGCCUUUUAAUAAUUGGUUAGAGCAAGCAACUGAAGAUCUUCAAGACAUGUUUAUUGUCAACAGAGUUGAAGAUGUUAUGUCUUUGAUAAGUGGACAUGAGAACUUUAAGAAAACCCUCCCAGCUGCACAAAAGGAAUUAAAUGAUAUCAUAACAGAGACGGAACAAGUGAGAAAGCUAAUUGAAUCGAAUAAUCUCUCACCGAAAUUAAUCGAGAAUCCAUACACUAUGAUUGAUUGUUCUACAUUACAAACUAGAUGGGAUGCGAUGUAUUCAUUAAUUGGAGGAAGAGAUGAUGCACUACGUCAAGAACUAACUAAACAACAGGAAAAUGAAAAAUUGAACAGUCAGUUCGCUCAAAUCGCUAGUCGGUUAGGACCUUACUUAGAACAUAAUCUGGAUUCAGUACAUUCAAUUGUAACAAAUCAAAAGUUAUCAUUAGACGAUCAGAUUCAACGUUUAAACAAAAUUGAAGAAGAUUUAGAAGGAUGGAAAUCAACAAUGGAUGAGUUAGAAAAACUUCAUCAGAAACAACAGAAAUUCCUUAUUACGCAUAAUCCACAUACACGAUAUACAAUGGAAACGCUGCGUGUUGGAUGGGAACAACUGAAGACUAAUGUGAAACGUGGUCAAAAUGAAGUGGAAAAUCGUAUUAUAGCUAAUGAAUACCGUGGUGUUACAGAACAACAAAUUGAUGAAUGUCGCAGAUGCUUCAAUCACUUCGAUAGGCAUAGGACGCGUAGACUAGACCCACUAGACUUUAGAGCUUGUUUGGUGUCACUUGGAUUUACGAUCCCUAACACUUCCCAAGGUGAAGCUGAUUUUAUGCGUAUCAUGAAAACUGUAGAUCCACAUUGUACUGGCUAUGUAACAUUCGAUUCAUUUAUGCAGUUUAUGUCACAGCAAACAAUGGAAGCUGAUACAGCUGAACAAAUGGUUGACUCAUUUAGAACUCUAGCGGGUGACACACCGUACAUAACAACUGAACAGUUGAGAAGAGAACUUGAACCUGAGUUGGCUGAUUAUUGUAUUAAUCGAAUGAAAGCAUACAACGGACCAGAUGUUACAAAUGGUGGGGCUUUAGAUUAUACCUCAUUUGCAGCAAGUUUAUAUGGUGAAUCAGAAUUGUAA